CCAUAUCCUUGCUACUGCUGCUGUUCUUAAAGGAGACGCAUUCUAAACGGGCCUAGUCUCAGCCAAAGAAUUAUGAGGUUUGCUAUAGCUUUAAGAAGUAAAUAAUACUCAAUGUAUGUAAUAUUAUAUUUCUCUUUCAGCGUAAGUUUUCUAAUUUAUAAGCUAGUUAAUUAAACGUUUGCUUGGUGACGGAACAUUUACUCUUGACCGAGCUAACAAAACUUGGUCUCACAAGGGCCUUCUGCGUUUGUCUUAAAUAUUCUGUUUUCACAACUAAGUGAUAACUACAGUGAGGGUCGUAACAGUGAAAUAAGAGCGGCAUGAACCCGGAGGAGGACGAGGUUUCAGGCUCUCGUCCUGGGUUUGAGACGAUCGGAGACUCAAAGGAGGCCCCUAAAUCAUCCACGGACUCGGUUGAACCGUCCAGGGGGAGAAGAGGGCGUAAAAGGCGGAUGAAAACUGCAGGGACCUCCCCGGACUCCGGUGACUCUCGGUUUCGUACCGGAGGUUCUGUGCGUGUUUUGCGAGCCAGGGUAGCGGUGGCAAGCACAAGCACUGAGUCCAAGAAUGCCACUUGCAGGAAAAAAACUGCAAGUCUGCUUCGUGGACGUGAUAGACCUGCGGGAUCACGCACCAAAAACUCACCUGUCAUGCAAACUGCCAUAAAGAAAUCCACAGCCAAAAAAGCAUCCAAACACAGUCCAAAGCUGUCCAAAUCCAGAAAGGGCAAAGGGAGACGUCCAACCCGAGCCUCGCACACCACACCAGCAACAGCAUGCAAGGCUGAAGCAGAGAUGGAGGCUUUAUCAUGUGGAGAGCAGACAGGUGCUUUGAAAAGAAGUAAUGACAGCGUUGCAGAUGAAGACGUGGCUCUCAACGAGGAACCUCCACUCAGAGAUGACCCAGAUGACCUUAUCUGUGAACCCGAGACAAAGACGGAAAAAUCAAGGCGACGAGCAACGUUACAACAAAAAGAUGUGAAAAAAGAGGAGGAGGAAGAACACAAUGGCAUUAAAAAGGAAGAAUCGACUGAGAUUGCUGUGCAGAUUGACAAAGUGGAUGAUAACACAGAGCCAACCAGGAAGCGAGGUAGACAGCACAAAGAAGACAAAGCCCCUCGGCAGCCAAAACGAAGGAAAAAGCCCCCCGUGCAGUAUGUCCGCUGUGAAAUGGAAGGGUGUGGUACUGUCUUAGCCCACCCGCGCUACCUACAGCACCAUAUAAAAUACCAGCACCUGCUAAAAAAGAAGUAUGUGUGUGAUCACCCUUCAUGUGGGCGCUUGUUUCGUCUGCAGAAGCAGCUAUUGCGCCAUGCAAAACACCACACAGAUCAAAGGGACUACAUCUGUGAAUAUUGUGCUCGUGCAUUCAAGAGCUCCCAUAACCUUGCUGUGCACAGGAUGAUCCACACAGGAGAGAAGCCAAUACAGUGUGAGAUCUGUGGCUUCACCUGCCGUCAGAAGGCCUCCUUAAACUGGCACAUGAAGAAGCAUGAUGCAGAAGCUUCCUACCAGUUUUCUUGCUCCAUUUGUGGCAAAAAGUUUGAGAAAAAGGACUCUGUUGUUGCUCACAAAGCCAAGAGCCACCCCGAGGUUCUCAUAGCUGAGGCCUUAGCAGCUAAUGGGGGUUCUGUAAGCAGUCCCACCCAGGUCCCAGAGACUGUCCCUGUGCUCACCCAGCCAGAAGGACUCUCUGUCAGCCAAGAGAGUCAGGAAGCGGUGGGUGGUACUCUCACUCCGCUGCAGCAGGUUAUGCUCCCGCUCGCUCCACAGACUCAGAUAGAUGUUUCUCAGGGCCACUUCCUCCAACUGCCAGCGCAUCAUAUGGUGCAGGGAGCACAACAGCAGCAAGGCCCUACCUUGCUGCAACUCACCACUGCUUCACCUGCUCACCUGUCCAGCACCAGCCACCCCCAGCUCAUGCAACUCCCUACCCUUCCUGCCAGCACUGUUACGUCCAUGACCACCGCAGAUUCCCAGAGCACCCUCCUCACCCUGAGUUCCGUCACCACCCUGGCCUCCCAGCAGGCUGUGCAGUGGGGCAGGGAAGCGGACGAAGUUGCACAGAUGCCCGAGGAGGGUGAGUUGUGGGACAAGGUGAUUGUGGGCGGGGGUCAUCAGGAUGUUGGGGAAAUAAUGUGGGAGAGCAACAGGGAGAGGAGGAAGGAAGAUGAGGGGAUUGUUUGGGAGCGGGAGGGUGAGAGACAGAUUCUGUUACAGUGUGCUGAGAUUCAUGGAGAUCAUUUAAUCUAGAUAAACGGCUAGAGAAUGAGGAAUGUCACGUAGAGUAAGCUGAAGGGACUGAAGAAAAUGUCAAAAGUUAAGCUGACAAAAAUAUUUCAAAUAACAAAAUUGAUCUCCAUGGACUAUAACAUAGUAGUUGCUUACUGUACACAGUUACAGGGCUACUUCAUGUCAGGGAGUAUGAUUUAUAAUAUUAUAGAUGACAAAUGCUUCUUUUACCACUUAAUGAAUAUUUUAUAACUUUUGGUUUAUCACCCUGUGUUUGUAUAUUUGUGUGUAUGUUAAACAUUUUUCAUGAUUAAACAGACUGAAAAAUAAUUGUACAUAAUGUACAAGAAAGUCCAAAAUGACAUUUAUUUUCCCAUAAUAUCACUGUUCUGUUUAUAUGAAUCUUAUUGCAGCAACAGCUGCAACCAAAUGAGGUUCUCUGCGUGAAGGAAUCUUUGUUGUAAAAUUAUGUGGCUUUUUUUUUUUUUUUACUAUGGCAUUCUGACAUGUAUUAAAAAGCAUGUCAAAGUGUCUUUGCAUUUUGUGACGAAAAGAUCUAAAUCAUCUUCCGUGUUUGUUUCACUUUCCAGAACCCGAAUAUUGUCACACUUUCCAUCCAAACUGUACUUGAUGCAUUCUGAUUUAAUCAGUUAUUACAGAUCCUUGCUUUAAUGUUUUUUCACAGUCAGGAUUAUAUAGUCAGCAGUGUUAUGAUCAAGAAAUCCAAGUGGAAUUGUCUAAAUGGAUGAGAAAAUUAUUUUUUGUCAGCAAUUUUUUUUUUUUUUUUUUAAAUCAAUGUUAAAUAAUAAAAUAUACCUCUGUACACUGCCACUACUACUGAGUAGGAUUCCGAUCUUAAUUUAUCAGCAAAUGUGUUCAUAAUAACUAUAAUAAA